UGUGAAAAGUGAGGAAGUGGUUGUGGGAGAGGAUGGUGGUGCGGGCUGUGGCCUCCUCAACACAACAAUCACCAGAGGAACGUGCGCCGACGCCGCCUCCUGCUCCCCAACAUUUCACCACAUUUGUGCCAGUUGUCGCCCCUGCGGUGUCUCCUGACGAUCCAGCCAUGGCUCGUGGACAUCAGAAAGCUCAAUCACAAGAAAAAAAUAAGCAGAAGCAAGCAGCUAUGAAAAAAUCCGGCCACAAUGCUAAUGAACAGAAAAAGGCUGCAAUGAAGGCUCUCACGUUUCAGUGCCCUAUAUGCAGGGGUAUGAUGCCUGACCCCAAGACUUAUAAGCAGCAUUUUGAAAACAAACAUCCGAAGGAUGAAAUGCCUGAGGAGCUAAAGGAGAUGUGAUGUCACAAUGACCCUACAUGCCGAGGCUGAAGCCGUGUGCGACCGUAGGGCACCCAUGUACCCAGGCGUACACCACGUCCUGCACAUGAUCAAGAAAAUACUUUUUUUUCUUUUCUUUUCUUACGUUAAUGCAAUUACUUUACUUUUUUUUGGGAUGGUUCUGCCAACUCUCGCCCACGUGAAAUAUUAUACACUAUUGUUAUGGCCCAUUUAAAGUGUCCAAAGAGUGUGUAUAGGGUUUGGAGUUGGGCAAUAAAAUUCUUGUUGAAAUUUAGAAGUGGAUGCAUUUCACAUAAAGUGAAUUGGUUGUGUUUAAUAGAUACACAUUUUCUCAGGGUGUUGAUUUUAAUUUAUGAAUUAUGUCUGAUUCUCAGUUUUUAGACAUAGUGGGAAAAAUAAAGUGAAUUGUUUGUUUUUCUUAGACUGUGAGAAAGUCACGGACAGUUUAAGGAUGCAGGACCAAGGUGGAUGAGAAGUGCACACUGCUGGACACCAAACAUCACUAAGAAAAACUAGCCAAAGACCAGAAGGCAGUUUAAAUGAUAUUGUCUGUGAUAAAGAAGCCAAAAGAUGAAUAUUUAUUACACCUGGUUACCUGGCUGCCCCACUGUGGUGCCAUGAUCUGCCUGGCAAAUUAUUACCCCUUCCUUCCUCUCCUCUCUUCUGCCUCCCCCUCACAUUGUUGUAGUUCAUGCUUCUCUUGGCAAGAUGUUUAAACUCCCUUUUUCUUGGUUUUGCUCCACUUCAUCUGGAUUCUCUCGGGGGUUCAACUAGGAGAAUCGUAUUAAUAGUUUUUGUCAUCCUCAGUUUUGUAAUUAUUUUAAGGGUCUGUAUUUUUUUAUUUUGAUAAUUUGACAUUACCUUCAAAGUGAUAGGCACUUGAAUACAUUGCACCUUGUUGGAAAUUGAUGUUCAAGAGCUGACCUUCAUAUCUUCAAAGGUUUAGAGCCAAACAUUCAGGUAUUGUAUUAGAUGUUUGUUCCUCUUGCUUGUUUUGGGAACAUGGCAGAGUUUACUCUCAUGUAAUCUUGCAAAAAAUUAUUAUUAUUUUGUUUUUUUAAUAACCAAGUUUUGAACAUAAGAGUUUACUCCCUGACAGCUUUGCUCUAACAUUUCAAAUCAUGUCGCCCAUUCCACUAUUUAGCCAGCGUUGGGGAACUGUCAGCUGGUAGCACCACGCCAAUAGCCAAGGUACCAACUAGGUUACACAAAAUUUUACUUGCAUAGAAUAAAUUAAAUUGAAAGGACAGUGUUUCUUUUGUCGUACUUUUGUGUAAUGUAGUUUGUUUUGGCGCCUUCGGUGUUGUAUUAAGUGUUCCUCAGCCUGGAUCUCCUUAUUUAAGGGUCAAUCAUUGCCUCACUUGUUUUAGAUUAAGUAAUAGUACUGUGAAAUAUCUAAAGAGCUCUUUUGUUUUCUGCUCACUGUGACAAGGGGUCUCACAUGUAGGCGCGUACUUCUUCGGGUGUUCAAGCUUUCGUAUAUGCACUUGACGUUUGUUUAGAGGUAAUCCCAAGUAGUCUGGAGAUCUUGCUAUCAUUGCCAUUACCAGUGUCAUCCCAUACACCAGGAAAGAACAUUAUUAGCUCAAGGUUUUAUUAUAUUUUAUAUACAUACCAUGUAUAUCAUGGAGAAAAUAAAAGUGCUACCACUAUCAA